AUGGNUUACACUACCACUGACUUUGCCGUGGACGAGUACGGGCUGUGGUUAGUGUACGGGAAUAUAAGUAACAACUGUAACCUGGUCAUCGCCAAGAUCAACCCGGACACUCUCAACGUGGAGAAAUCGUGGGCGACGACCAUUAGCAGUGGAAGCGUGGGAAACACUUUCAUGAAAUGUGGCGUGCUUUACGCCACGAAUUCCUACAGUGAAUUGUCCAAUUACAUCCGCUAUACCUAUGACACCAACACUGGGAAACAAGAGUCGCUUCCACCGAAUGGGAUCCCGUUCAAACCACCUGGUAAAUACAACACCAUGUUAGAUUAUAAUCCACAUGACGGUCUUCUGUAUUAUGCAGAUAUGAUUAAGGGAAAUCUUGCCACUUUUCCAAUUGUCUAA